AUAUAAAAUAAAAAGUGCAAUCAAACAACAUAUGUGGCGCCUAAUUCAAAAAAAAAACCUUCUCUGUCCUUUCAAUUUCCCCUGAUCUCGACGCCAGCUAAUCCGCUCCAACUCCAACCGUUGCCGAUGAUCAGUCUAAUGAUGUCAGUUUGUGUAAUGAAAAGCAUCCGUUGAAACAACUCAACUGUACUAAUAAUAAAACGGAGCAGAGGAUCAAUCUUCUAAUGGGAAUGAGUAAAACAACUAUAAACUUGCGAAGAUUGCUCGCAACUGCUCCUCGACAACAAAAUCAAGCCAAAUUAAUACAUUAUGUUGCUACCUUAAGGGAACAAUUGGAACAAUUAGCUGAAGAGAGAACUCCACACGGCUUAUCUAGAGUUUCAAAGGCCAAGGUGAAUGAAUAUUCUGAGAAGAUUGAAGCCAUUGCUUCCAGCAUAGCUGCUUCAUUGCCUCAUAUUAGGAUAUCUGAAAAGACUUUGGGUCAGAGUCCUAAAAAAGAAAGUCCUAGUACCGUUGAAGAAACUAAUUUUCCUUCCUCUCCUGGCUUGAGAAGAAGAUUUGUGGGAGCGUCAAACAUUGAUGACAGAACUCGUGAGAGUACUCAUGUUGAUACAUCAACACCUCUCAAAUUGGACACUCCAGCAAAAGCUCGUAUUGAAAAGCACAGAAAUCUCCAAGAAAACUUAACUGAUGAAAUGGUUGGUUUGGCACAACUUCUUAAAGAGAGUAGUCUUCUAAUGAGUCAAUCCCUGCAAAAUACUGAGAAGAUACUUGAUUCUACGGAGAAGGCCGUUGAGCAAAGCUUGGCUGGCACUGGGCAUGCCAAUGUUCGAGCCCUCGACAUAUAUUCAAAAAGUUCAAAGACGACAUGUUUUACAUGGCUUGUGUUGUUUCUAAUGACAUGUAUUUUCAUCAUGGUUGUACUCCUAAUUCAUGUCACUUAAAAGUUUUUAUUUGUUACUUCAUUAUAUGUUUCUGUUUUGAUAGAUAACCAGUGACCAGUUUUUAUUUA